ACAAAUACAGGUCUGGGCUGCAAAAGCAUGGCAGCUGUUGAGGCUGCCGUGGUGCCGUCGUCUUCUUUGGAAAGAGACACAGCCCCAGUCCCUCGAACUGCAGGAACAGCUGCAGCAACGGCCGCCACGUCGUCAGCGACAGCUGCAGCGGCGGCCGUCGCGGCAGCGGCCAGGACUGGAUCUGAAGCCAGGGUCUCCAAGGCCGCUAUGGCUACUAAGCUGCUGUCCCUGAGCGGCGUGUUCGCGGUGCACAAGCCCAAAGGGCCCACUUCAGCCGAGCUGCUGAAUCGGCUGAAGGAGAAGCUGCUGGCAGAAGCUGGAAUGCCUUCUCCAGAAUGGACCAAGAGGAAAAAGCAGACUUUGAAAAUUGGCCAUGGAGGGACUCUAGACAGUGCAGCCCGAGGAGUUCUGGUGGUUGGAAUUGGAAGGGGAACCAAACUGUUGACCAGCAUGUUGUCAGGGUCCAAGAGGUACAUUGCCAUUGGAGAGCUGGGGAAAGCCACUGACACGCUAGAUUCUACAGGGAGAAUAACAGAAGAAAAACCUUACGAUAAAAUAACACAAGAAGAUAUUGAAGGCAUUUUACAGAAAUUUACUGGGAAUAUAAUGCAGGUACCUCCCCUCUAUUCUGCAUUAAAGAAAGAUGGACAGAGACUUUCAACUUUGAUGAAGAGAGGUGAAGUAGUAGAAGCAAAGCCUGCCAGGCCAGUUACUGUGUACAGUCUCUCCCUUCAAAAAUUCCAGCCACCAUUUUUCACAUUAGAUGUUGAAUGUGGAGGAGGUUUUUAUAUCAGAAGCUUGGUCAGUGACAUUGGCAAAGAACUCUCUUCCUGUGCCAAUGUGCUUGAGCUGACUCGAACCAAACAGGGACCAUUUACACUAGAAGAGCAUGCCCUUCCCGAAGACAAAUGGACAAUUGAUGACAUUGCACAGUCUCUUGAGCAUUGCUCAUCUCUUCUCCCAGCAGAGUUGGCACUUAAGAAAUCAAAACCCGAGGAGUCUAAUGAACAAGUUUUGAGCUGUGAAUAUAUAACUCUAAAUGAGACAAAGAGAGAAGAUGAUGUAAUUAAGUCGUGUUAAGAUUGGCUUGGGUCAUUAUUUUUUGGUUGACAUUUGAAUCCUGUGUGCAGAACGACAAGCUCCGUGCAAAAGGCAAACGACUCUUCCUCUUUUUUUGUCUUUUUUUUUUUUCUUGGCAUGAAGAAAAAGGUCUACCAUUUCCAGUUUCUUUAGUGUACAGUUUACCUGCUAUCCAUUAUAAACAGCCUUGCAGUUGUUCAAUUCUUUGCCAUACUAUGGAAUGUUCUUUUCUGAUGUUAUUAUGUUGUUAGAUUGGAUUCAGGAACAUCAACUUUCUGAUUUUGAUCUUUCUUCAAAAUCUUUUCCUGUGAAAAAGCUGAACACUUUUUCUAAUCAAAGAAAAAAGAAAUAUGAGCUACAUGUUUCUUUGGUGUCACAAAAGUGAAUGUAAGUUAGUGUUACUUUGACUUUAUUUUGGCUUCCUGGUCUCUCUAUUGUAUUGAAAUUCUCUCUGUUUGAAAAGGUCAUUAUUUAACUUUCUUAUGUUUAUGAUUAUUAAGCACAUUCUUUGAUAAGGGUGCAUUUAUUUGGUAAUAGCUCUGUUUGUUUAGAUCUCGGACACUAAUAAACUUUUAUAAUAAAUAUUUGUAAUUGAACCAAAUUAUUGCUGCUACCACUAAAGGGAUGUAAAUGGAAGACUAAAUUUUAAAUUCACCUCCACUCUCCAUUAGCGCAAAGGACAGUCCAGUGGCUUAUAUUUUGGCAGUCAUAAGAUUUUUUUCCUGAUAUUUUCAACACAGUCGACCACCCUGUACCAAAUUACUAUUUAACAUAAUUUUUCAAAAGUAAGCUAAAGAAUGUAUCUUCAAUUAAAAAUUCCUUUUUUUCUAUAGUAUUUAUACCUUUUUAUAGCGCAUUAAUCCCAAUGACAUUGUUUUUUUAGUUUGCUCUUUCAAAUGCUAUUUAUAGACCUUGUGAUAGCUGCCCUGCAUUUCCAGCUAAUUUCUUCUGCUCUAAAUAUUUAAAAACAGUUGCUCUCAAAUAUUUUCAUUCAAACAGCCUACUGAAAGUUUCCUAUCCCUCUUUAACAUAAUUUUGAAAGUAUAAUCACAUUACAAAAUAAGUUUCAUAUAUAAUGAGUGUUUCAUAUUUUUGUUAUGGGAAACUAAUAUGUUAGGCUGCUUCUAUGUAUUGAAAUGGUACACAGGUUUAGGGUAUGUCUUCAUGCAUUGCCAGCUAAGGUCCAAACAGAGGAAUAUUUAGGUUUUAGAAAACAACUGGGGCAUUUCUGGUCUAUUUCUCAACUUAAAAAUUGACAUGUAUAAUUUACUAAUGGGGAAGAGAAGAGAUUAUUUGAAAAGACAAGUGACUUUUUAAAACGGUAACCAAUCUUUUUCUUUCAUAUUGAAAACAUGGAGGAAAAUUUUGCCAAAUGGAAAAAUUACCCAUAAAUCUUAUCAUCCUGAUCCAGUGACUUCAGAAUUUUAAUUUUAUGUUACUAUUUUUUCUUCUUUUGUCUACAUGAUUGCAGUCUUAAGACACCUGUACUUUUCAGUGGACUAUUUUUUCAUUUCAUAUUAUCCGAUGUAGUUAGUUUUGAUAAUGAUUUUAAUAUUACUUCGUAUUGUUUAUCUAAACCAUUUCCUUAUUGCUGAACAAUUAUUUCCAAUUUUAUUAGGAUAAACUCCUGCGACUGGGAUUAUUAAGUGGAAUAAUAUGAACAAUUUUAUAGUUCUUAAUAUGUUUGCCUUAUUGCUUUCCUAAAGAAUUGUACCAUUUUACAGUGUCACCAUUUGAGUAUUAUCAGUUCACUAAGUUUACAACUUUGAGUGGGGGUUUUAUAGUUGUUGCUAAUUUAAUAAGUGUAAGGGAGUUCAGAACUGCUCUGUUAAUUGCUUUUGUGUAACUUUUCCGUAUACUUUGUUUAUUUAUAUAAAUAAAUGUC